AUGGUGUUUUCCCUGGUACUGGCCCUCGUAUCGGUCUGCUAUGCAGCAAACUUGCCCAUAGUUGAUCUUGGUUACGAGCGGCACCAAGCCAUCUCGUUCAAUAACACUCAUGGCUUGUAUAACUUCAGCAACAUCCGAUAUGCUGCGCCGCCUUUGGGUGACUUGCGCUUUAGGGCACCCGUGUGGCCUGCGCAGAAUCGGACACAGGUUCAGGAUGGUUCGGUAGGCCGACUUUGUCCGCAAGCCAUCCCCAUCUGGGAAGAGGAUAUCGAGCCUGCAUUCCUCCUGAGUCUAGUGGCAGGUACCAGUUUCAACCAGUCGACCAACAUUUCUUCAUAUCCGUAUGUACCCCAGAAGAUGGACCCUCGGACCACUGAAGAUUGCCUGUUUCUGGACUUGAUUGUUCCAAAGAAGAUCUUUGAUCGUGCACAGAACAAGACCUUCGUUCCGAAGAAGACAUUGGCGCCAGUUUUGGUCUGGAUCUAUGGCGGUGGUUAUACCGAAGGAGACAAAGCCACGUAUGAUCCCUCGGGCUUGAUCCAGGAAAGUACUGGAGGCGAUGGAAUCGUGUAUGUUGCGAUAAACUACCGACUGGGUGUAUUUGGCUGGCUUGCUGGUGAAAGUCUCACGGCCAACGGCACUGCGAACGCAGCGCUACACGAUCAACGCUUUGCUAUGGACUGGGUAUACAAGAACAUUCACUUGUUCGGCGGUGAUCCAACAAGAGUCACAAUUAUGGGCGAGUCGGCCGGAGGUGGUUCUAUCAUGCACCAGAUCACAGCGUAUGGAGGAAAUUCCGGCCCUUCUCCGUUCCAACAGGCGAUUUUACAGAGCCCAGGAUGGGUUCCUGUCCCCAACAAGACGCAGCCAGAACAGACUCUGCAACAAUUCCUGGGGAUUCUCAAUGUCAGCACGAUAGAAGAGGCGCGCCAAAUGUCGACCGAGAAGUUGAUUGCUGCCAAUGCCUACCAGAUAGCCACCAAGUCAAGCUGGGGCGAGUUCGUUUAUGGGCCCGUUGUGGAUGGUACUUUCGUGCCGGCUUUGCCUGGCCAGCUUCUUUUGGAAGGCAAUUUCGAUCGCAAUCUGAAUAUCAUGGUGGGCCACAAUGCAGAUGAAGGACUCGUUUUCGCUUCUCCGGAUGCUCGCAACAGCUCUUGGGUGGCCACGCUAUUGGAGCAGUAUUACCCCAAUAUUCGGCCUAAUGUCACCGAGUAUGUCACCAAGGUCCUGUACCCAGCCAAGUACGAUGGAUCAUACGGCUACACCUCUCCAUUCGAGCGUGCUGUUUUCCUAAUUUCGGAGCUCAUAUUUGUCUGUAAUACAGACUACAUUAACCGGGCUUACCAUGGCCACACAUACGCAUAUCAGUUUAGCGUCCCUCCUGCGGUACAUGGCCAAGAUGUGCUGUACACUUUCUACAACAAUGGCUCCAGUGGUCUAAGCUCUUCAAUUGAGGGAUUAUCGGUCGCCAACGUUACGAUCGCCGAGGUCAUGCAACAAUACUUCACUAGCUUUGUGCAAACUGGCACUCCCAAAUCGGCUCUGGGUCCAACGUUCCCACCGCACGGUCAGCGGGGACAACUGAUGAACAUCGGCAACACUACCAUUCAGCCGAUGCGCGAUACGAGCAACAACCCGCGCUGUCGCUUCUGGCAGACAGCGCCUUACGCUUCAUGA